CAAGUUAAAGAGAUCCCAUGCAACAUAGUAUAUAGGUUUAUCAAGUCCUUCCAGCUUACUUAACCAUUCAGAUAAAUGGCCUUGGCCUUAGAUUUUUUCAUCAUCUUACUAUUUUAUUUUCUAACAAUCCUAUCAAAUGCUCAAAAGCUUAACCAAAUCAAGUUGGGUUCUUCUCUUACUGCUGGUGAUGACUCUUCUGCAUGGACAUCAUCAUCUGGAGACUUUGUCUUCGGUUUUCGUCAUCUAGACAAUCAGAACCUCUUCUUGCUAGCCAUAUGGUAUGACAAAAUCCCAGACAAGACCAUUGUUUGGUAUGCCAAUGGUGCAAGUCCAGCUCCAAAAGGGUCGAAAAUCGAGCUUACUUCUGAUGGUAAAUUCAGUCUCAGUGCCCCAAAUGGUCAAUCAAUAUGGAAAGCUGAGAAUGUUGCAGAUGGUGUUAGUUAUGCAUCAUUGCUUGACACUGGGAAUUUUGUUCUUGCCGGUGAAAACUAUGACAAAUAUAUGUGGGAGAGUUUUCGGUAUCCGUCUGACACUAUAUUGCCAACUCAAGUACUAGAUGUUGGUGGAGUUUUGUCUUCUAGGAUGACGAAAAAUAAUUACUCAAAAGGCCAAUUUCAGCUGCGUUUAAGACCAGAUGACCACCUUGUACUUAACACAAUUUCUUCGCGUAUGGAGUUUGUAUAUGAUCCUCCUUACUACAAAAGUGGAACUUCAGAUACUAACAAUAGUAUGAAUUCUGGAUUUCGGGUUGUGUUUAAUGAAACAGGAUACAUCAAGGUUAUUAAGAGGAAUGGAGUGACAGUAAAUCUUACACUGGGAAACAUAGCUUCCACCAAAGACUUUUACCAUAAGGCCACACUUGAUUUUGAUGGAAUUUUUACACAAUAUGCUCAUCCAAAGAAUCCGAAUAACGGGGUUUGGGACAAGGCAUGGUUUAGUGUUUGGUACGAGCCUAAAGAUAUUUGCACAAGUCUGAUUGGAGAUUUAGGUGAUGGGGCUUGUGGAUUCAAUAGCAUUUGUGCAGUAGAUGUUGAGGGAAGACCAACUUGUGAGUGCAUUCCUGGGUUUUCGCGGGUGGAUUCCAGCAAUCAGUAUAGUGGCUGCAACCAGGAGAAAGUGCAGAAAUGUAAUCAGGGGUCUAGGCCAGAAGAACUAUUUGAAAUGCAAGCGAUGAACAAUGCGUUUUGGCCCUUCUCUGCAAAUUAUGAAAGCUUUCCUCUGCAAAAUGAAGAAGUUUGUAAUAGUUCUUGUUUUAAUGAUUGCAAUUGUGUGGUUGCAGUUGUUAAAGAGGGCACCUGUUGGAAGAAGAAACUGCCAUUAUCACAUGGUAGGCUAGACCGAAAUACAUAUGGAAAGGCUCUUGUUAAGAUCCCGAAAGUUGAUGGAUCUGCAGGAAAUAAAAUUUCUCAGCAUCCAAAUAGGACUAAGAAGGAUCAAUCAGCGGUUAUUUUAGUGGUGUCAAUUCUUUUAGGUGGUUCACUGCUUUUCAAUUUCAUAUUUGUAGCCACCGUUUCUUUAGUAGUUUUCUUUGCAUACCGGAGAAGCCAGAGAGUUAACAAAGUUUCAAGUCUUUUAGAGAUGAACCUUCGCGUUUUCACAUUUCAAGAACUCCAAGAAGCAACUGAAGGAUUUCACGAAGAAGUUGGAAAAGGAUCUUUUGGCACUGUUUAUAAGGGGAUCAUAUCAACAUCAACUUCUAAAGCAAUAGUUGCAGUGAAAAAAUUAGAAAGAUUAUCCCAAGACGGUGAGAAGGAAUUCAAGACAGAGGCAGGAGCAAUAGCAAAAACCCAUCACAAGAAUUUGGUCAGACUUCUUGGAUUUUGUGAUGAAGGAUCAAACAGGCUUCUGGUCUACGAGUUCAUGAGUAAUGGCACAUUGGCUAGUUUCUUGUUUGGUAUUUCAAGGCCGGAUUGGAAUAAGCGCCUACAAAUGGCGUAUGGGAUCGCAAGAGGAUUGAUGUACUUGCAUGAAGAAUGCAGCACACAGAUCAUACAUUGCGAUAUAAAACCCCAAAACAUUCUUCUAGAUGACACAUUCACUACAAAAAUUUCAGAUUUCGGCCUAGCAAAGCUUCUAGGGAGUGACCAAACUCGGACAAGCACGGUGAUCAGAGGAACUAAAGGAUAUGUUGCACCAGAAUGGUUUAGGAAUUCACCUGUUACUGCUAAAGUUGAUGUUUACAGUUAUGGUGUAAUGCUCUUGGAGAUACUUUGUUGUAGGAGAAAUAUUGAGAUGGAAAGAGACAAUGAGGAGGAGGUUAUUUUGGUGGAUUAUGUGUAUGAUUGUUACAAAGAAAGAGUGCUUGAAAAAUUGGUGGUGAAUGAUGAGGAAGUGUUGAAUGAUUUGAAGAGAUUUGAGAGGCUAGUGAUGGUGGGAAUUUGGUGCAUUCAAGAAGAUCAUUCUUUAAGGCCUAACAUGAAAACUUGAAAAGAGUCACACAAAUGCUUGAAGGAGUUGUUGAAGUAUCAAUCCCUCCAUGCCCUUCCCCUUUUAGUUCUAUUUGUUAACAUGAAUAUGAAUAAUUCCACAGGAUAUACUAGGAGAGAGCAUGAGUCGGUUUUCGGAUAAAACGGGAACCACAACGGUAUGUCCUUCGGUUUUUAUGUAUAACCGUUAUACAUGAAGCCCUUCCUAAAGUUUUAUAUAAUGCAAAACGUA